AUGACUCCCCCACCCACCACCGCCGCCGUCCUGCGGCCGAUGCCACCGCCCACACGGCGGAGCCGCCUCCUUCCCUCCUUCCUCCUCGCCGCCCUCUUCCACUCCCUACUCUGCUCCUCCCAAAUCCCCCUCGCCUCCGCCCAGGAGUCCCAAAUCGAUCUACCCAAAAUCGAGGCGGCCGCCGCCGCCUUUGCCUUCGAGAACCCCAGUCUCCGGCAGGCCUACGUCGCCCUCCAGGCGUGGAAGCUCGCCAUCUUCUCCGACCCGCUCAAUUUCACCUCCAAUUGGACCGGCCCCGACGUCUGCUCGUACGGCGGUGUCUUCUGCGCACCAUCCCCCUCCAACGCCUCCGCCCGGGUAGUCGCCGGAAUCGACCUCAACCACGGCGACAUCGCCGGGUACCUCCCGGAUGAGGUCGGCCUCCUCACUGACCUCGCCCUCCUCCACAUUAACUCCAACAGGUUCUGCGGAUUGGUCCCCAAAACCUUCGGAAAAUUGAAACUCCUCUUCGAAUUAGAUCUGAGCAACAACCGAUUUGUUGGGGGUUUCCCCAAAAUCGUCCUCUCCAUGCCGUCACUGAAAUUCCUUGACCUGAGGUUCAACGAUUUCGAAGGCGGCGUUCCCAGCGAGUUGUUCGACAAGAAACUCGACGCUCUCUUUCUGAACGACAACCGGUUCCGGUUCGGGAUACCCGAGAAUCUCGGGAACUCGCCGGUUUCGGUUUUAGUCCUGGCGAAUAACAAUCUCGGCGGGUGUAUUCCGUCGAGCAUCGGUAAGAUGGGGAGAACUCUGAACGAGCUGAUUCUGAUGAACGACAAUCUGACUGGCUGCCUGCCCGCAUCGUUCGGGAAGCUUGACCAGCUGACCGUGCUCGAUUUGAGCUCCAACGGGCUGCAGGGCCCGUUGCCGGUGGAAAUCGGGCAGAUGAGGAACCUGGAGCAGCUGAACGUGGCGCGGAACAAGCUGACUGGGGAGGUGACAGCUGGCGUGUGCGGGCUGCCCAGGCUGCAGAAUUUCACGUAUUCCUUCAAUUAUUUCACGGGGGAGGCCGCCCAGUGCGGAAGGUUCGGCGGGGUUAGCGGGCGGGAGAAUUGUAUCCCGAAAAAGGCGGAUCAGAGGACGCCGGGCGAGUGCUCGUCGAGCGACGCCAAGCCAUUUGACUGCCGGAAGUCAAAGUGCAGCGGAGGGUUCACGCCGGUCACGUUCGCCGCCUCCACCGCCACCGAAAACCAAGUCUCCCCAGUCGCCUCCGCCACCACCUCCGCCUACACACGAAGUAUCUCCCGGAAGUCGUCUUCCACCGCCUCCGACACCUUCACCUCCGCCGCCUCCAACGAAACAUUACUACUCUCCGCCUCCGCCUCAAUCCAAGUCUUCCCCUACGACACAUCAUAA